AUGAAUCUUAUUGUGAAGCUUCGGAGGAGUUUUCGAACACUGAUUGUUCUCUUAGCUACCUUUUGCUUGGUGAGCAUAGUUAUUUCUGCCUAUUUCCUCUACUCUGGCUAUAAACAGGAAAUGACACUUAUUGAAACCACUGCAGAAGCAGAAUGUGGUGACAUCAAAAUUCUACCAUAUCGGUCAAUGGAGCUAAAAACCAUUAAACCUAUUGAUACAUCCAAAACUGACCCUACAGUUCUGCUGUUUGUGGAGAGCCAAUACUCUCAACUUGGUCAAGAUAUCAUAGCUAUUUUGGAGUCCAGCCGAUUUCAAUACCACAUGGUCAUUGCCUCAGGCAAGGGUGACAUGCCUCCUCUUACAGAUAAUGGCAAAGGAAAAUAUACUUUAGUUAUUUAUGAAAAUAUUCUGAAGUAUCUCAGCAUGGACUCAUGGAACCGAGAGCUUUUGGAAAAAUACUGUGUGGAAUACAGUGUUAGUAUAAUUGGUUUUCAUAAAGCCAAUGAGAACAGCAUACCAAGUACACAGUUAAAAGGUUUUCCAUUAAACCUUUUCAAUAAUCUAGCUCUAAAGGAUUGUUUUGUCAACCCUCAGUCUCCUUUGCUGCAUAUUACCAAAGCCCCCAAGAUUGAAAAAGGCCCUCUUCCUGGGGAAGACUGGACUGUUUUCCAGUAUAAUCAUUCAACCUACCAGCCUGUGCUUUUAACUGAAUUACAGACAGACAAAUCACUUCCAUCUUUGUCCAGCAAAAUACUCUAUGCGACAGUAAUUCAAGAUCUGGGGCUUCAUGAUGGAAUCCAGCGAGUUCUUUUUGGUAACAACUUAAACUUUUGGCUGCACAAGCUCAUCUUCAUAGAUGCCAUUUCCUUCUUGUCUGGGAAGAGACUGACAUUGUCCUUGGACAGGUACAUCCUUGUGGACAUUGAUGAUAUCUUUGUGGGAAAAGAGGGAACAAGGAUGAAUGUCAAAGAUGUGAAGGCAUUACUAGAGACUCAAAAUAUACUGCGCACUCAGGUUGCAAAUUUUACCUUCAACCUUGGAUUUUCAGGGAAGUUUUACCACACAGGUACUGAAGAGGAAGAUGAAGGAGAUGAUCUUUUGCUUCAGUCUGUGGAUGAGUUCUGGUGGUUUCCUCACAUGUGGAGCCACAUGCAGCCCCACCUCUUCCACAAUGAAUCAUCCUUAGUUGAGCAGAUGAUUCUCAACAAGGAAUUUGCACUGGAGCAUGGGAUCCCUGUCAGCAUGGGCUAUGCAGUGGCACCACAUCACUCAGGAGUCUACCCAGUUCAUAUACAGCUUUAUGCAGCAUGGAAGAAGGUCUGGGAUAUUCAAGUUACCAGCACUGAAGAGUAUCCACAUUUGAAGCCUGCACGGUACAGGAAAGGCUUCAUUCACAAUAGUAUCAUGGUUCUCCCUCGACAGACCUGUGGAUUAUUCACUCACACUAUUUUCUACAAAGAGUAUCCAGGAGGACCCCAAGAAUUGGAUAAAAGCAUCAGAGGAGGUGAACUUUUCCUCACAGUCCUUCUAAACCCAAUCAGCAUUUUCAUGACCCAUUUGUCAAACUAUGGGAAUGACCGCCUAGGAUUAUACACCUUUGUGAAUUUGGCAAACUUCGUGCAGAGCUGGACCAACCUCAGAUUGCAGACCCUACCUCCAGUUCAACUGGCCCACAAGUACUUUGAGCUCUUCCCGGAGCAGAAAGACCCUCUCUGGCAGAAUCCAUGUGAUGAUAAAAGACACAAAGAUAUUUGGUCCAGAGAGAAAACUUGUGACCACUUACCAAAAUUCCUUGUGAUUGGACCACAAAAAACAGGAACAACUGCACUUUAUUUAUUUCUUCUUAUGCAUCCUUCCAUCAUCAGUAAUCUCCCUAGCCCAAAAACAUUUGAAGAAGUUCAAUUCUUUAAUGGGAACAACUAUCACAAAGGAAUCGAUUGGUAUAUGGACUUCUUCCCUACUCCAUCCAACAUUACAAGUGACUUUCUGUUUGAGAAGAGUGCUAAUUAUUUCCAUUCAGAAGAAGCUCCCAGAAGAGCUGCAUCUCUUGUCCCCAAGGCCAAGAUAAUCACCAUCCUCAUUGAUCCCUCAGACAGAGCGUAUUCAUGGUACCAGCACCAACGAUCACAUGAAGAUCCAGCUGCCCUGAGGUUUAAUUUCUAUGAAGUUAUUACAACAGGACAUUUGGCUCCAUCUGACUUAAAAACUUUGCAGAGGAGAUGCUUGGUACCUGGAUGGUAUGCAGUCCACAUAGAAAGAUGGCUAACUUAUUUUGCUACUUCUCAGUUACUAAUUAUUGAUGGACAGCAGUUGAGAUCUGACCCAGCCACUGUGAUGGAUGAAGUCCAGAAAUUUCUGGGAGUUACACCUCAUUAUAAUUACUCUGAAGCACUAACGUUUGAUCCCCAAAAGGGCUUUUGGUGUCAACUAUUGGAAGGAGGAAAAACCAAAUGUCUUGGAAAAAACAAAGGCCGAAAAUAUCCUCCUAUGGAUCCAGCGUCAAGAACUUUCCUCUCUAAUUACUACCGAGAUCAUAAUGUAGAACUGUCCAAACUGCUGCAUAGACUGGGGCAGCCUUUGCCAUCGUGGCUGAGACAGGAGCUACAGAAAGUGAGAUAG